AUGGAGGAGGAACGGCCAUCGACUCUAUGGGGCCGACUGGCACCUGCGGAGCAGGUGAUGGAGGAGACUGAGGCGAAGAGCCAGGGUGACGCCGAGGCGCUGGAGGCCCAAGGCGACGCUGCAGGCUUCGAUACUCCCAGAGGAGAGACUGUCACUCUUUCAUGUGACAUACAGGGGGAGGGUUGGACGUACAAUUGGCAGCGUGGAGACAAACAGGACAGCUCUGAGGAGAAAGAACUCAAGAUCACUGUAGAGAGGGAGCAGAAAUGCAGGUGUUACAGCUGCAGACAGUCAUUCUGUGAUACUGUGCCUCUCUCUGUGUCGGGUUCAGAAGCUCCACUGCCGGUUCUCCCAGUUCUCAAACUGCUCAGUUUUCUGCUGGCAGCUUCUCCAUAUCCACUAGUGUCCGUCAUACUGACAAUCAAAUACUACAGAGAUCAUGUUUUUGAUGCAAAUAGUCUCUCGAAUGAGGAACUUGGACAAAUACAACUAUACUUUAAAAUCAGGAGAAAGUCUGGAGGGGGGAACUGUGAGAUCGACAAAGUGGGUAACAACACCUACAAGAUAAGUUUUAUGGACAAAAGAGCCCAGGAAAGAGUACUAGAACGAAAAGAUCAUGCAAUCAAAGUAGACGGACAAGAGGAGAUCCAAGUUUCAUUAAGACGUGAAAAAGUUGCUGAAAACAGUAAACCACCUACAGCACCCGCAGAUCAGAAAUGUGCAAGUGAUAAAAAUUGGGAGAAGGUUUUUAAACUCGACCAUUAUCUACUACGCUUCUUCAGUGACUGUAAAAGCCCAUAUUCAGAUUUGGAAAAAUGCCUUUCUAAGGCCUACAGCACUUUCAAGAUCAACAUUGACUGUGAAGAGUUGGUUGUGAUGAUGGACCCAACUGCCACAGCUUUUCUUCAGGAGAAAUGGGAAUUUGCCGUAGAUAAAGUGCUUGAGACUCUAAAGUCACGCUAUAUCAUCCACUUCGAGGUUGAAAGUGACAAAUCUGCAAUUCUCCAAGAAAACUCUUUCCUCCAAAGUGAUAACUUAAAAAUCUAUUUUGAAGAACUAACAUGUUUAGCUGUGGUGGUCGGAGAACGAACAGAAGUGGAGAAGAUGUUUAAAUUUCUAAGCGGCUUGCAGGAAAAAAAACGGCAGAUUCAAGAACAGUGUUGUGUUUCAGAAAAACAAUAUGAGCUCAUCAAAGAGCAGUUUGAGCAGUACGUGAGGUCUAAUUUACCUGCUCUUAAGAUCGCACAGGAACAAGCGGGUGUUGUUCUUCUGAAGGGUUCAGAGGAAGAGGUCCAAGCAGGUGAAAACAAGCUUUUAAAAUUAACACGAGAAAUCAAAAAGAAGAGGAUCCCAUCACAUCGUGAUCUAAUGACCUUCUUGGAAUCAAGUGGCAGUAUACAGCACUUCCAAAACAGAUUUCAGCAGAGCCUCCGCAGCCCGGUCGUGCUGGAGGCUUCAGGUUCAGAUCUUCUUCUGUUGAGUCUGUCUGAUGGAGCGCUAGAGGAGGCAGCCGCUGCUGUGCAGAGAGAAGUGUGUUUGGAGACUGUGCGCCUGGAGUCAUCUGCAUCUAAUACACUGAAGGAGGAUUUGAAGGAAGCCGUCAAACAGGCCAGUCGUGGAAGCGUUAAAGUCGAGGUUCAAUACCAGGAUGAAUCAAGCUCUGACCCCAAAGUGCAACUGGUGGGCUUCACUACUGAAGUUGAUAAACUGAAGAACAUUUUACUGGAAUAUAAAAGAAAUCAGCAGAGCCAUCAUGUCUCCCUGCCUCUACCCAGGCCAGAAAUGGCAGAGCACUUCUCUGAGAUCUUGGCGAUGGCCGGUGUUAAGAAAAGCAGUGUGGAUAUAAAGACAACAUGUCUGCCUACCCCAUGCGUCCACCUCACUGGACCUCGCUGUGAAGUUGAGAGUUUGAAGGAUGGUCUGAAUUCAUUUCUUCAGAGUAUUGCCACUAAACAAUGUGAAGUGAAAGGACCUGGAGUUAAACAGUUUUUUCAAGGUGACGGUGCAAGAAACUUGCAAUUAGUGAAGAAUUCUUUUGUGGUUGUGAUACUGCCUAUUGAGGAUAAGCAAGAAAGAGUUCAAAUUCCCAGAAACACAAGCAGUAUCAGUCUCCAGCCAUCUGCUUCUUACCAAGACUCUACAGAUCGUGACGAAAAAAUAAACAUUAAAGUUGUGGUUGGUGGCCUUGAGCAACAACAGGCAGAUGUGUUUGUGGCUCCGAUGAUCCAAACAAACAUGACCUCAACCUUAAUUGGAUCAUCCCUGUUGAAUAAAGCAGGACAACAGCUUCAAAAUAACUUCAACAAUGCAAAAGGAAAUCAGACUCUUAGGCCUGGAGAAGUGCUGGAGGUGGAUGCGACACCAGCGUUGGGAUGCUCCAAGGUUUUCUUCAUAGAAUGUGCUCCAAAAGGAAAUAAGCACAACAGUGAAAAAGCGCUCCGCUCUGGGCUUGCCAGAGUUUUUGAGCUGUUUGAGCAGAACUCUUGGGGUUCGAUUGCAUUGCCAGUAAUUGGACCCGGCAUAGUGCUGUCAAUAGCAGUCAAAGAUGCUGUCAAUAUUCUUACUCAUGAGAUCUGUGAAUUUUUAUCUGGCCCUACUGGUCACCUACAUUCCAUCCAUAUCACAAUAAUGCCUAAUUACGCUAAUUCUGAAGAGAUGUUCCAGACAGUCUGUGUGAAUCUGAGUGCAAAAAUGGUGGACAAUGCAGGGCAAGCUCUGUUUGACUCUCUGACCUCUGACCUUGAUGAGAUCAUCAUGCCAGUACAUGGGAUUGAAAUCCAUCUAGUCUUUGGAGACAUUACCAAUGAGACUACUGAUGCCAUCGUGAACACCACCAACUUCAAGGACUUCCAGACGGCUGGAGUGUGUAAGGACAUCCUAACUAAGGCAGGACCUCAAAUUCAGACUCAACUAACAGGGGCUCAUGUAGGGAGCGGGCAGAUCUUCACAACCCCACCAGGAGGCUUCCCAUGUAAAACCAUCAUGCAUGUUUGUGGAGAGAGAAACCCUGAAGUUAUCAAGACCUUGGCAAAACAAAUAGUGGUUCAAAGUGAGCAGGGCUGCUACAGGUCUGUGGCCAUUCCUGCGAUCUGUGCUGGACAAGGGGGUUUGGAUCCAAGUGUGGUGGCCAAGUCCAUUCUAGAGGGAAUAAAGGAUGGUAUACAAGGAGCGAAUCUGAAUCAUCUCAGAAAUAUUCGCAUCGUUCUAUUAAAGAUUAACGUUUUCCUGGCAUUCAAAACAACGGCAGAGCAAAUUUUUGGUGGUAAUAUACAGUUAACAGCUCCUGGACCACUUUUAGCUACCAGUGUAACCACCAGAGGGCGCAGUGGAUCAACUAGAUCGACAUCCCAUUCCUUACCCUUACCAGUCACUUUGGACCUGAGUUCUAUAGUGAUGUCUUUGCCUGACACUGAGAGCAGAGCAGUAUUUUUAGUCAUUGGUUACACCAAUAAUGAUGUUUCUGAUGCCUGUAGAGAGCUUCAGCGAGCGUAUGAGGUCCAGUGCUCCACACACACUUUCUCUCCUGAUGAGAUUGAGUGCCUCACUCUGGAUGAGAAGGACCUGCUGCGCUCUAAAGUCAAUUCUCUGCACCUGCAGUUAAAGGAGAUCAGUUCUAAUAGAUGGGUUGUAAAAGGACUGAAGGAAGGAGUGAGUGAGGUGGCUAUGCUGAUACAAGAUGCUCUUCGCAGACAGGUAAGAGAGAAGGACCAAAUGUUCCUCUUCAGUCAAGUCACGUGGUGCAUUCUGGGACCGCAUGGCAGAUGUGAUAGAUGGUAUUGUGGAUGCACAGGGUGUGAAAUGGACUGUGGAUUUAAAAACAUGAAAGCACGAAAUUUGACACAGGUGACCACUCUCAAACGACUGCAGAACUUGUCAGAUUUCACUGUGCCAAUCUACUGGGACAACAUUACUGAGACUUUAGAAGUGAUUGACCUAGAUCAGUCAUCCAAAGAGUACCAGACCGUGAAGAUGGGCUUCAAGACGACUGUCAAAAAAACUGUGCUCAAGAUCCAGCGCAUCCAAAAUGUGAAUCUUCGGCGAUUAUACGAGGGACGUAAAACAGAGCUGGAGAACAGAAAUGAUACCAGCGUGGGAGCAGGAGAGAAGAUCCUUUAUCACGGCACGUCAGAGGAAUCCUGCUCAUUAAUCAUGAAGUCAAAUUUUAAUCGCAACUUUGCUGGGCAAAAUGCCACCCUCUACGGUCACGGGACAUACUUCGCUGUGAACGCCAGCUACUCUGCCCAAACUACCUACGCGGUUCCAGCAGCAGACGGGACUCAGCUCAUGUUUGUGGCUCGUGUGCUUACGGGUCACUACGCCCUGGGUCAGGGGGACAUGAAGACGCCCCCUGUUCGUGUGGCACCUGACCUCUACGACAGCGUGGUGGAUAACAUGCAGAAUCCCACCAUGUUCGUGGUUUUCCACGACUGCCAGGCUUAUCCAGACUACCUCAUCACAUUCAAAUGAACUUCUUGGUUCUGCAUCUAUAUGUUAUCAUUUAGGGGUUACACAUAUUUCAUUAGUUACUACAUACCUUUUUAUGCAUUAUGCUGCAACUAACUGGUGCUCAGCAGGUUUUGGUGUCUUAUAUAAUUCCAAUUAAUGAUAGCAUAUAAAAACGAGUGAUGCUCAGACAAUCUUGAAAUUCAGAAGAACGCACGAGCAGAAAAUGUGCAAUAUUAAACUAGAAAGCUGUCUGUAGAUUACAGUACCAUAAGAAAUACCCCUGUUAGUCUCACAUUGAAACCAGAUAUUUACAUACAGAACAUACAGUCAAGCAUUAAAUCAAGGUAAACUUUUUCUGGUUUAGAUCGAUAAAUAUAUAUUUUUUGUGCAUUUGUUAAAUGUCAAAAUCAAGCAAGGGAUAAUUUGAUGGAAUUUGUUUCAUCAGUCAAAAAAUGACAUAGACUUCCUUAGUAUUUGGUAGAAUUGCCCCGAAACUUGGGCCAAACGUUUCGGGUAUCCUUCCACAAGCUUGCUGGAAUUUUGGCCCCCUCCUCUUGACAAACCUGGUGUAGUUGGGUCAGGUUGAUAGGCCUUCUUGCUCCUUCCACAAAUUCUCUAUGGGACCGAGAUCAGGGCUUUGUGAUGGCCACUCCAAUACCUUGACUUUGUUGUCCUUAAGCCACUUAGUAACUAAUUUGGAUGUACGCUUGGGGUCAUUGUCCAUUCGGAAGCUUUAACUUUCUGGCUGACGUCUUCAUAUGUUUCUUUAAUUUAUCCACAGAACUUUCUUUUCUCAUGAUGCCAUCUAUGCUAUAAAGUGCACCAGUCCCUCGUGCAGCAAAGCAGGCCUGUGGUCGUCAGAUUAGAAAUUGGAAAGAUUUUUGUCCCCAUGUGCAGUCUGGCCUUUUUAUGGUGGUUUUGAAGUAAUGGCUUUCUCCUCCCAGAGUAACCUUUCAGCUCAUGUUGGUAAAGGACUUGUUUUACUGCGUAUAAUGACACUGUCUUACCAGUUUCAGCCAGUGUCUUCACAAGGUCUUGAUCAACAAGGGUUGAUUCGUUCCUCUCUGGGAUUCGAUGAUGGUUACACAUUCCCACGUUUUUAUACUUGCGCAUUAUUGUCUGAACGGAUGAACGCGGGACAUUCAGGCAUCUGAAAUUACGCCUAAGGAUGAGCCACACUUGUGGAGCUCCACAAUUCCUUUCCUGAUGUCUUGGUUGAUUUCUCUCGAUUUUUCCCGUGAUGUCAAAGAAGGAGGCUCUGUGUUUGAUGUGUGCAUCCACAGGUGUGCCUCCAGGUAACUCAAACGAAAUCAAUUAACCUAUCAGAAGCUUCCUAAGCUCAGGGUCAUCUGGAGUUUGCUUAGUGUAUGUAUACUUCUGACUUUGAUGAAAGUACAUAAAAUACAAAAUGCAUAAAAAUUCUCCCUUGCUCGAUUCUGCCAUUUUAACAAAUUAUUGACCUGAUUAUUUAUUGACCUAAAAGUGAAAAGGUUUACUCUAAUUGAACUUUUGACUUUUGAUUGUGUUUUUUUCUGAAGUGCAUGUAAAUAUCUGGUUUCAACUGUAUAAUCUGACGUCUAAUUUGUCGCUUAUGCCUACUGUACUGACAUGCAGUUAUGAUUUCUAUGAGCUCUUUGAAAUGAUUUGGUUGUAUUCCAACUCUUCCUUCCCAGUUCCCAUGUCCGCUUCAGGCUUCUCGCUAUCAUGAAGAAACCAUUUGGCACAGUUUGGAUGAGAUUUAAGUGUUUGCGCAAUCUGGCGACAAAGAAAUGCAUUCCUUUUAAUCAGUAACCAGAUACGCUUUCGUGAAUCCAUGAAGACUGUGUACAUCAUGAUAAAAACACCUGCUCUUUUCUCAUUUCUACUUUAUCUGUAAAUAAUUUAGCUGCUGUAUUUUUAUAGAUGCCUAUUAGCUUUAUUUCAAUACAUUUACAAAUAGAAUAUUAAAAUCUCCCGAAGACUUAA